AGUAAGACGGUCGGAUCGGAACGAAGCAUAGUGCACUUAAAAGCGGGAAUACAUAUAUCACACAUCAGCUAGUUCGGAAACUCAGUUUAGCGGAUUUUGCUAAUAAGUGUUGAGUUUGGUACUUUCGACGUACUAACUGCAGUCAAUUGCAUCUUUUCGGAGUUUCGAGUAUGUCUUCCUAAAAACUGUAGUUUUGUAGUUUCGGUAUUGCGUGGAAGUGGAUUUUACACAUAGAAAGCGGUUUUAAGGAUUAUUUGGCUUUUCAUAUACAAGGGAGCAGGUCGAUUGAGGUGCUCGAUCAGUGAUCGCAACGAGACUGGAACCAGCAGCAACAAUAGAGCCAAGAUGACUCACGUAAUCAGAAACAUGAAAGAGUUGAUAAUACCCUGCCUGAUAAUCACGAUAUCAAUAGGCCCAAUUUGGGGCCUGGAACACAAUGGCGACGAUCUCAGUGAUCGCACCAACAGCAAACAGAUGAAGCCAUCCUACGUCCGCACUGAGUUAAAAGUGUCGCGAUCCCUGAAUCACGACGAUGUCGAAACAAUUGAUGUGAAAUCCAGUACAGGUGGAUUAGCAUCCAUAAUUGUUAAAAAACGGCCUGAGGGAAGACUCCAUCCUCUUAGCGGUGCGUAUCAUAAAAGUACCCGAACAAAUCAAAAUUCAACCGGUACCAGCACGUCCAAUAUCGAGUAUGGAAAAUGGAAUCCACUUUCGAGCUCUGUACGUUUUGCUGAUCCGACAAAUGCAGCAUCGCUUCAGGUAAUCAAUUCAUUUCUUGAUCAUGUUAGCAAGAUCGAUCGACAAAAUUGGCAAGAAAGGCAAGAUCGCCAACAAACCAUCGAGUCCGCCAUAAAGAAUGAUCGAAGGCCAGUCAACAUAGUUUUGGCAAGACAGGUGCCUGAACCCACUGUCGUGCGAUCGGACACAGUAUUUGUUAAAAGUACCCCGAGCAAGAACUCCAAACGCGGCAGGUCCCUCAUGCAUAUCGAUUCAGAUGGCAUUCCAGUUGUUGAGGGAAUUCGAGUCCCCGAUGAUGAAGAAGACAAGAAGAAAACCUGGCGAAAUGCCCGCGUGAUCAAGGGAGAGUUGGUGCCUUAUGAGAAAGGAUACGUGCCACCUAAAGUUGAAGUCAAUGGCGAGUUGAUCUUCAGUAAUAGUCAACGUGCUAAUGAGUAUGAUCGCACCAGCAUAGGACCAUUCACUAAGUCUGAUAAUUAUCCAAAUGAGGCUAAGACCGAAGGUCGUAGCUAUGGACCAUUUACAGUAGAUGACAACAAGCGAUCUAAGCAUGAUCAGUCCGAUCGAAGGGGUGGUGGCCCAUUCUUUGUUGCAGAUAAUGCUGGUGCUACGAAUCAGAAGCUUUUUGAGUAUAUUAGACAAGUGAAUAGUGAUCCUCAGUGGUACGUUGCACGAUCAUCUAAGCAUUAUGACGCUCAAAGAUCUCACAACUCUCCACCUCAACUGCAAAGGCGUAUGCUUCCAGCUGGUAAUGAUUUUCAGCAAGACGCCAACUUCUUGAAUGAUAUUGACGAUGUUGAAGGUUUCCGCAACCCUAUUUUUGAAUACGCACACCCUGAACUCGGUAUUCAACCGGCCAGAGCCCUACCGAAAAAACCAGAGCCUGCCCAAUUCAAAAAAGUUCAAUAUUAUGUCAAUGACAACGUCAACAGCGGAAACAACAAGAAGAAAUUCACAGCGAUCCAUACAACCCCAUUGAAUAGCAAUGAAUAUUAUCAGAACGAUCCUUACUACAACUCAUAUAAACCAACCGCGACCUAUCCUUUCAACAUUGGUUAUCUAAACAAAGUCAAAGAGCAACCAUUCUGGCUGAAAAUUUCCGAGCAGGUUCGUGAUAGCUUCCAAAGCGGUAUGACCAGUGUUGGUGCAAUCACACGACCUGUAUUUGAGCCAAUAGUCGAAGCUGGUCAGAAAAUAUCCGAGAAUCUUGGACUGUCAAAGGGGAACCGAUUCGCUGAGAAAAAAGUGGGUGUUGUAGGACCUGUUGCAGCUACUUCUGCUAUUCUGCCCGCUAUUGGUUUGGUGGCUGGUGGAGCAGCCCUUGGAAUUGGAGCGAUGGCUGUGGGGAAGUAUUUCGAUGGAAAUCUGCUCAAACGGGAAGAGUCUGAGAGCCUUUUGGACCCAGAACACAAACGCGCCAUGGAAGCAAUCUAUGGUCAAUCGAAUGGAGAGGUAUAUGUUGUAGGAGAAACAAGCGAACCACAAUCUCAGAAUCAGCAAAAUUACGGUCGGAGGAAGCGAUCUCUACCCAUCAGGAACCAUAUCACAUUUUUAGAUAUUCAACAGCCUACGAUCGGAGUAAGACCGAGUCAGCACAGCGAUGGACAAAGUGAUAUUGGCGAUCUUCUCCAGAACGUCGAAAAAGCACUGCCCAAUACCCUGACAAGCAGUUUCGAGGAGCAGAUCCGACGAACAGAUUGGACGAAUACCGCCUGUGCGAAAAAGACUUUUUGCGAAGUGAUGCUGAAUCAAAAUUCCGAUCAAAUGGUUUUGAUGGAGAAGAAGAUGGAAACUUUAUUAGCUACAAUGCAUCCGAAAGCGAGUGCAAGUAUUUCGAGUCAUCUAACGGACGUUAUACAAGCCAUCAAUCAGAGAAACUGUGGAGUAUUCAUGUGUGUGACUCAAUAAGGGAGAUUGUGUUUAGAUAGAUAGCAGUUAGCAAUGGCUAGCUAUGGCUAGUUGCGGCUAUAACAUAAUACGAUACGUGAAUGAAUUUUACCGCGUUCUUUUCAGAUCCAAAACAUGCAUUUUGGAAUGCAUCCAACACAAAACUCAAUGUACCAUGUACCAUAAAGCGAAUUGUACUUUCUUAAAUUAUUUUUAAGAGCUUUAAUUUAUUGUAAAUUGUAGGAAGUUCCGCAAGUUAUUUAACAGGAUAAAAUUAUGAUAAUAUAAGGAUAUACUUUUUUAAAAAUUU